AUGGCCCCCGCGCGCCUCGCCGCCGCCGCCGCCGCGCUCGCCCUGCUCUGCGCCCAGCUGGUGAGUGCGCGGCGGACGCGCGGCCGGCGCUGCCCCCGCUCUGCGCCGCUGCUUGGCCGGUCGGAACGCGUGCGGGGGUUUCGCGGCGCGGCCGGGGCGGGACUCUCGGACCGGGUCGCCGUGGGGGACCAGCGCGCCUCGCUGACACGGACCUCCCCCGACGGGGAGACUGGGCAUCGGAAUGGCGCGGGCAGCUCCGUGCGAGCCAGCGCAAAUGGAUGCCUGCUGGGGCGGAAGGGCCCACAUUCGACUGCAGCAGAUGGGAAGGAUCCAGGCGGGGUCUUGGGGGAUGGGGUGGAAAUGUUGGGGCAGAUCCAGGCUCGGUGUGAGGAGGAAAGCAGGCACCAGGCGGCUCUUUUGCGCAAUCCGGUGCUGCUGCGCUCGGAAUAUUGUGCAAGGAGUCAGCAGGUCAUGCUUCCUGACAACACGGGAACGGACGUUCUCACGGGCUUGUGCCGUGGCAGCAAGUUGCUGCUGACAGCCCAAGGGCUCUUGGAAAUGUCGGCACGUGUCGAUAUGCCGGAAGCCAGCGGUGGCUCUGAAGCGCCCCUGGUGAUCAGGUCUGGGUUUUGGGAGCAGGCCCAGCAGGGCAAGGUGGUUUCGAGAGCCCAAGCAGCGGAGUGGUCCGAAGGGGCCUUCGGGGCAGCCCUCCUGGCUCCCAGCCACGGGGCUGCGAUCGCUGAGCUCGCACCGGCGGUGGCAGCUUCCUUUGCACCUGCCGACCGGACACAAGCCUCCCGCAAUGCUCAGGACGAGCGUGGCAGGACCACUUUCUGUCUGCAUGCUGAGCCGGCGGGCGUGUUCGAGCUUCAGGUGCACUCCUUCACCUCAAGCAGUCCCCAGGGCCUGUGCCGGGACGCUCCCCCCUGCCGCCUCUUCUUCCGCGUCUGCCUCAAGCAUGCCCAGGCCGUGGUGUCGCCAGAGCCCCCCUGCACCUUCGGGGCAGCCCUGAGCGACGUCAUCCCUGCCGGCCGGAGCGCCGUGGCCACCAGCCGGCCCAUCCGCGUCCCUUUCCACUUCAAGUGGCCGGGCACCUUCUCCCUCAUUAUCGAGUCUUGGCGGGCCGAGUCGGGAGAGCCGUCCACCGAGGACGCCCAGAAGCUGAUCAGCCGCCUGGCCACCCGCCGCCGCCUGGCCGUGGGCGAGGACUGGUCCCAGGACGUGCAGCUGGGGGACCAGAGCGAGCUGCGGUACUCCUACCACGUCACCUGUGACGAGCACUACUACGGGGAGAGCUGCUCCGACUACUGCCGCCCGCGGGACGACACCUUUGGCCACUAUGCCUGCGACGAGCUGGGCAGCCGGAUCUGCCUGGCCGGGUGGCAGGGCGAGUACUGCUCCGAGCCGAUCUGCCUGCCCGGCUGCAGCCCCCGGCACGGCCACUGCGAGAAGCCCGGCGAGUGCCAGUGCCGCCUCGGCUGGCAGGGCCGCCUGUGCGACGAGUGCGUGCGCUACCCCGGCUGCUUGCACGGCGCCUGCGCGCAGCCCUGGCAGUGCCACUGCCGCGAGGGCUGGGGGGGGCUCUUCUGCAGCCAGGACCUGAACUACUGCACCCACCACCGGCCCUGCAAGAACGGCGCCACCUGCACCAACACCGGCCAGGGCAGCUUCACCUGCAGCUGCCGGGCCGGCUUCACGGGCACCAGCUGCGAGGUCGAGGCCAACGAGUGCGACAGCCACCCCUGCAAGAACGGCGGCAGCUGCAGCGACCUGGAGAAUGAGUACAGGUGCACCUGCCCUCAAGGUUUUUACGGCAAGAACUGCGAGGUCAGCGCCAUGACCUGCGCUGACGGGCCGUGCUUCAACGGCGGGACCUGUGAGGAGAAACACCUGGGCAGGUACACCUGCCGCUGCCCGGUGAGCUACCAUGGCUCCAAUUGCGAGAAAAAGAUCGACCGGUGCAGCAGCAACCCCUGUCUGAACGGUGGCCACUGCCUGGACCUGGGCCGCAGCGGGAUCUGCAGGUGCCGCCCGGGCUUUGCGGGCCCCCACUGCGAGCUGAACCUGGACGACUGUGCCGGCGGCCCCUGCGCCCACGGGGGCACCUGCGUCGACGGCCCCAACAGCUACACCUGCUCCUGCACGCUGGGCUACGGCGGCAAGGACUGCAGCGCCCGCGUGGAUGCCUGCAGCUCCGGCCCCUGCCGGAACGGCGGCACCUGCUACACCCACUUCUCGGGCCACGUCUGCGAGUGCCCGGCCGGCUACAUGGGCUCCAGCUGCGAGUUCCGGGUGCAGGUCCCCGCGCCCGUCGGCAGCCAGCGGGUGGCCGAGGGCCCCUUCCCCGCCGCCCUGGCGGUCUCCUUCGCCCUGGGGCUCGCGACGCUGGGGCUGGCCGCCUGCGCCGCCGCGGCCCUGCUCCGGCACCUGCGGCGGGGCCACAAGGCCGCCAAGGGCAGCGUGCGCAACGACCUGGCCAGCAUCAACAACUUCAAGGAGAGGGACGGCUUCCCCGCGUCCCCCGGGUGCUUCAAGGUGCCCAACAAAGAUGCCCGGCUCGGGGGCGACCGGUUCCACUGCAAGAGGAAGCUGCUGGAUCAGAGCCGUGAGUCCGUCUGCAAGAAGCCGGAGAACGGAAGAUUGGAGCCGCUGCGAUCCGCUGUCCCCGCUGGAUAUCCCAAAGAAGGCACGUACCACCCCAUCUUCACCAUCCCAGGCCAGACGGAGCAGUGCGUUUAUGCGACGGAGGCUGCAGCUCCGGAGGGGCAGGGGCUGUGGGAUGGAGCGCCAGCCAGCCAGCCGCUCUGCUCCUCAGCCUUCCAGGCCUGUUACGGGACCGUUCCACGUCACACUUGCCACGGGGCUCCUGGCCACGGCUGUGGCGCUCAGCAGGAUUGGCCACGCAGCCCGGAGUCUCCUUCGCAGGAAGACGCAAACCUCGCAGGAUACCCUGCCUGGAAGGACUGGCUCUUGCCUGCCCACCACGGGCCACAGACGCCCACCGUGUGUCCCAGAGUCCUGGGAAACCUUUCCAAGGUGCAGACAGGCAGGCGAGCCUCCCCCAGGUCAGCCCCGGGGGGCCUGCAAGGCGCCGAGUGGCAGGAGCUCGGGCGCACCGUCUGCGGCUCACAGGCGGACGCGGCUGCUGCGGGCGGCGGGGGAGCCUCUGCCCCUGCGCAGGGCCCUGCCUGCGGGCUCCUGCAGAGGGGCCCCCGGCCCGUGCCCUGCAUGCAGCCCCCGUGCUCCCGAGUCGAGCGCUUGCACAGGGCAAUCAAGAGGGUGGCGGGUAGGAGGGUUUUGAUGUGA